AUGCGGGCAUUCGGUCUACCGGAUGUACCGCUCGGCCGGCGACAGAGGAAGCGGUCACUUCAACAGAUCGAGCCGCUCGUCGCCUCCCUUCGACACGUCGGCCGCUGCGAUCUGACGGGUUCUAAUGCAUACGCCAUUUCCGGGAUCAUUAAAUUUCUCAGAUGCAGACCGGAGUCUGUGGCAAAUAAUUUCAUUGACGUAUGGACUCUCUACGGACUGCACGAGGGGAUGGCAGACGAGCAAUUGGCAAAGCGGAUUGAACUGGCAAAAUGGGCAACGCGAGCAUUCGUGUGUGAUGGUGGCGGGGUGGAUGAUUGCUUGCGGAUCCUUCGGGAAAUUCUGUCCAGAGGUGCAGAACUAACACCCGGCACCAUCUACACAAUCAACUUUCGAAACCCGAGACGGGGCGAAACGAAAGUGCUCAAGAAAGAAGUGGAAAAACUGGUGCUGGGCAGACGUUUGAAUGAAGUCGAUGAUCAGGACGAGAUCUCGCGGAUACGCGACGCCCAUGAGCGCUAUAUGCCGGCGGUUUAUGCGGUACAUCGAUCGCACUACUACCAGCCCAAAUGUCAUGAACCAGGUGCAUUGAUUAUGUAUCGCAGGGCAUCUGCAAUGCUCCCCGCCAACUACACGUUUGAGCUGCCGAAGACUAUAUGGAAAAUCCGGCAUUUGGGCGCGAAAAACGUGGCCCUGCAAUUCCCGGAAGGGCUGCUGAUGUACGCGUGCCUGAUCGCCGACAUCCUGGAGAAGCACACCGGUUGCGAGACGGUCAUCAUGGGCGACGUCACCUACGGAGCGUGCUGCGUCGACGAUUUCACCGCCAAGGCUUUAGGCUGUGAUCUGCUCGUGCACUAUGGGCACAGCUGCCUCGUCCCAAUCCAGAAUACAGAGGGCAUCGCCAUGCUCUACAUUUUUGUCAACAUCGAGAUCAACCUCUCGCAUUUUGUCGAUUGUCUUAAGGCCAACUUUGAGCCGUCGCAGAGAAUAGCGAUCGUCAGCACGAUCCAGUUCAUCCCGUCGUUGCAGGCCGUUCGCCAGCUGCUCAGCAAUGACGGCUACACGAUUGUGAUGCCGCAGUGCAAGCCGUUGAGUCCGGGCGAAAUCCUCGGCUGCACGUCGCCGCGGCUUGGCGAUGAUGUGGACCGGCUAAUUUACCUCGGCGACGGGCGCUUCCACCUCGAGUCGAUCAUGAUCCACAACCCGAAAAUCGCGGCCUUUCAAUACGACCCAUACGCCAGAAAGUUGACGAGGGAGCACUACGACCACUCAACGAUGCGCAAUAACCGCCGAGCGGCCGAGCUCGUCGACAAGCUGAAGAGCAAGGGCAAGGAGGUGACCGUCGUCGUGCUGUCUGAGAUCUUCCCGGCAAAACUCGCGCUAUUCGAUGAGAUUGAGUGUUGGGUGCAAAUCGCGUGCCCUCGACUGUCGAUUGAUUGGGGAACGUUCUUCGCCCGCCCCCUGCUCACCCCCUACGAGCUGAACGUGGCGCUGGAUUCGCUCGAAUUUCCGGAUGGCUACUAUCCGAUGGAUUUCUACGCCUACGAGUCGAAGGGCCCAUGGACGCCAAACCACGAAUCACAUCGGCCGCAGCGUGUGCGCCGUCGGGCCCCGAUCGUCGUCGGCCAGUCGGCCAGC